AUGAAACUCCUGGAACUCCCACUCGAUGUGUUUUUGACAGUCCUUGAUGUCAUUGUCCUUGAGCUGGGACUGAAAGCAUCGAUGCGAGCACGCCUGGUUUGCCGUUGUCUUGCAUCGGCCAUCCCAGAAGCUCUCUAUAGGACCAGUGUCAUUGAACAGGCAUAUGCACCUAAUAUGUUCCUCAUCAUGUAUCGUUCCGAGAUCGUCACUCAAUACCUUCUCUACCGCACCCGAACCGGUCGAACCUGUACUCAUCCUUUGGUCCAAACAAUUCAUCAGACGGUUCAAAUGCUUGCACAAUACGCCGGGUGGAAGCAUGACUCAGAAAAGGUGGAAAUGUUAUAUCGUGCCUCCUGCUCAUGCCUAGGGCUCUACAAAAACAGAGGCGUGCUUUGGUCAUUCCAACGAGCACCUGACCUCCUAAUGGAAUAUGAAGGUGGAAUACCCGCCAAUUGUCUUACCAUCGCAGCAUGGAUUGGCGACAUAGCGCUGAUAAAGCAUAUCGGCCUCGAACCCAGUGUCCGCUCAUUUUUUGGAAGACCUUUGUGGGCCGCAGCGGCUCAAGGCCACCUGAUUGUUGUAAAACACUUUCUGGACUCUGGUGUCAUGACAAAAAUGCCGGACGAAGAAAACCACGACGUUUUUAACAUUGCCUCAAGUCCACUACAGGUGGCGGCCUACAUGGGACAAGAAAGUAUCGUCCAGCUAUUUCUUAACCCUCAGUAUUAUAACGCCACAGUGCAACACUGGGAACGUUCCGCUAUUAUCAGCGCCGCUAAAGGUGGCUAUCCAGAUAUCCUAACGCUCUUAAUUCACCAUUACAAGUCAGUGGGAUAUCUAGAUGAUCUCAUGACAACUCUUCAUGGGGGCCUUAUCGCAACCUGCAGGUUAGGGAUGCAUCGAACAGUACAAGUCCUUCUGCAACAUGGCGCAAAACCGAUAUAUACAGAUAUGUUUCCACGCACAUGUUUACAAUGGGCAGCCACAACAGGGAAUGCUGCAUUGGUAAAGAUGUUACUCGACGCAGGUGCAGGAUUGGAGCCUGCGACCGAACCGUACUUUCCUAAUGGUAGAACAAUGCCAACAAAAAUGGUUUGGAAAGACGCGCUAUCGGAAGCUCAUGACAGAGGUCAUAAGGAGGUCGAAAGAUUGAUCCGUGCGAGAAUGGUAGAGCUUCGGAAGUAA